AUGCCAGGCCUGGUGGAAACACCAGGCCCUGCGGGUGCUGGAUUGGGCUACUCCGUUGUUCACCAAAAGGUCGAGUUCGAUAUAGAUUUCGUGAACCAGAGCUUGAAGGGGAGAACAGAGAUAACUAUCCAACCGCACUACAAGGAACUCAAGAUCAUCCGCUUGAAUUUCCGCCAGGGUGAACUAAAACGUUUGAAUGUUAGCGGAAAAGCGCCGACCACGAAAUAUGCAGACCCCUACCAGUCCCUUCGGUUGUACGGCGUUCAUCAACAUCAGAAACUGUCUAAGAAGUUGGGGCCGCUCCUCAAAACCCCACCAGAGCCCGAGUUGGCAGUGACAAUCCCGAAAUCUGUGCGAAUCGAAGAGUUAGACCCAUUUUCUGCAGAAGCCCAAAUCCAACUUGCGCUGCGGGCCAGCGGGAGCGCUGAUGACACAACAGAUGGCCAACUUGGCACAAAAGCCGCAGAGACCUCAUUACCGAAAUACACGAUGUUGACAGUAAAUGCGGAAUUCACGAUCAAUCGCCCGAGGGAUGGUAUACAAUUUGUAGGGGUUGACAGCAGCGAUCGUCGUUAUCCACACACUUUCACGAUCAAUUCUUUUGACCCAAUCAGCGGCUGCUGUUUGUUUCCCUGCGUUGAGGAUAUAUCGUCACGGUGCACAUGGGAUAUUUCAAUAAGGUGUCCCCGGACCUUGGGGGAUGCGCUUUAUCCUAAAGGCCGGGAGUCCCAUGCAGUAAAUGGAACAGCAAAAGGAUGGACUCCGUCUCUGAGGAAGCCGGGCAUAUCUCCUGACGACGAAUCGCUAGAUAUGGUGGUGACAUGUUCCGGGGAUUUGACAGAUGAGAUUAUGGAUACAAAGGACCAUACAAAGAAGACGGUGUCAUUUUCAUGCACUAGCCCUGUAUCCGCGCAGCAAAUUGGUUUUGCUGUUGGACCCUUCGAGUACGUUAAUCUUUCUGAAUACCGCGAGAGCGACGAAGAUGACCAGCUCGGGCGGAAUGCUGUUCCUGUUCAUGCAUUUUGUCUUCCGGGACGAGCGGACGAAGUCAGGAAUACUUGUUUACCAAUGGCCAAAGCAAUCGAUUUUCUUUCCCUCAGUUAUGGGUCCUAUCCAUUCUCCAGCUAUAAAAUGUGUUUUGUCGAUGACCUCCCUUCUUCUGCAUUUGCAACGGCUGCGCUGUCGAUUUGUAGUAACCGCGUUCUCUUUCCGGAGGAUAUAAUCGACCCAAUCUACGAAUCCACUAGGUGUCUCGUGCACUCUUUAGCCUCCCAAUGGAUCGGGGUUAGCAUUAUUCCAAAAGAUCCAACGGAUACAUGGGCCAUACUUGGCAUAUCCUACUACAUCACGGAUACAUUUAUGAAAAAGUUAUGCGGCAAUAACGAAUACAGGUAUCGGCUGAAACAGAUGUCAGAUCAAGUUUGCGACUCUGACAUUUCACGGCCGUCUAUAUCCGACUUGGGUGCACUGUUGCGGUUAGACCCCUCAGAAGUUGAUUUUAUAGCUUUGAAAGCGCCCCUUGUUCUUUACAUCUUGGAACGGAGGUUAUCCAAAGCUAGUGGAAAGGCGACGAUAUCUCGAAUCAUUUCUCGGAUUUUCCUGAAUGCCAGAAUGGGCGACCUUCCUAAUGGUGCUUUGGCAACGUCUUUUUUCCAAAAGACAUGUGAGAGAUUGGGACACACAAAACUAGACACUUUUUUCCAACAAUGGGUGUACGGUGCUGGCUGUCCCCGAUUUCUGGCCACUCAACGGUUCAAUAAAAAAAAGCUGGUGGUAGAAAUGAUGAUUCGGCAAGUUCAAUCCGAACAACCAACAGUUCGAGAUUUAGAGAUGUCAACAUUUAUGAGAGAUGUUAAAGAGGAGAUAAGAAACGUUUACGCUGGCCCAGUCCAGCAUGUGUUCACAGGCUCCAUGACCAUUCGAAUACACGAAGCGGAUGGGACCCCGUAUGAGCAUAUCGUUGAGAUCAAGGAGGGCGUUACUAAGUUUGACAUACCAUACAAUACCAAAUACAAACGCCUUAAACGCAAUAAAAGGCAGAAAGAGCGUGCAGCUGCCGCGUCUGGCAUAGAUCCUAAUGCGGAACUCCAGGACGACGUUUUACUAUAUUGUCUGGGGGAUGUUCUGCAGUCGGAGGAGGAGAUUCAAACAUGGAAACUCGUUGAAUGGAGUAAAGAAGAUGAGGACCGAAUGGGCCAAGAGUCUUACGAGUGGAUUCGGAUGGAUGCUGAUUUCGAGUGGAUAUGUAAAAUGUCACUGACAAUGCCAGGCUAUAUGUAUCUAUCUCAGCUACAACAAGAUAGAGACAUCGUCGCCCAGCUUGAGUCAAUCCAAUACAUGGCUGCUCAGCGUGAACAUCCUUUAAUAUCGACAAUCUUCGUGCGUACACUUAUGGAUCGACGGUAUUUCUACGGCAUUCGAGCGGCUGCUGCUAGAGCACUUGUAAAACAUGCGAAAGAUGAAGUUGACUGGAUUGGCCUAUACCAUUUGGAAAGCGCAUUUCAGGAGCUUUUUUGCCUACCCGGCUCACCCAUGACUCGUUCCAAUGACUUCUCUGACCGAGCAGCUUAUAUUCUCCAGCUUACCAUACCCCAAGCGAUUGCACAAGUUCGAGACAAUUCCGGCAAGACACCCAUGAGAGUGAAACGGUUUCUCUAUGAUAAAUUAAAGUUUAAUGAUAAUUCCAACAAUGAGCUUUCGGAUUGUUAUUAUAUUACCGCGCUUAUGAAGUCCAUAUGUGAAGCUUUGCUUGGGCGAAGAGAAACCGAAAUUGACGGCGUUGGUGUUGAUUUUGAUGUGGAAAGGGAAUUAGAGCGCCAAGCAGAACGGCAACUCGAUCGGGAUUGCAUUGCUGAGAUUGAUCGUUAUAGAAGAAUGGACGAAUGGACAACAUCUUUCCAGAACAUCUAUUCAAGAACCGCAAUUGAAUGCCAGCGGCGGCUCAUGCAAGCUAACGUUAUCGAUCGGGACAUUAUGCAGUUCCUUCCAUACACAGAGCUGGAGUCAUCUACUGAAGUGCGCCAGGCUAGUCUUGCCCGCAGGCAAACAGUUCCUGGUGCUCUAGAGGCACUGAAGCGUGAGGUCGAAGGUAACACGGCAUUAAAAGAAGCACUAUGGGCAGCGUGCAAUUCGCCCAUGGUGGGUUUAGCAGAAUUAAGUGAUUUCGUCGACAUUUGCAGCGUUUUAUACCACCCCAUUGAUAAAAUAAUGGUCGUUCUCAAAUAUCCUCGGUACUGGAAAUUAGAAAAUCUCGGACAUGGCAAGCUCCGAUUUUUCAAGGGAAGCCGUUUCCGCACUGCUCUACCGGCGAAAGGAGGUGUCGCGGCGCCCGCUCCCAAUGGUACGCUGAAAAGGAAACGCGAGGAAGGCGUUCCUGCGCCGCUCAGCCAUAAACUCACUCUGAAAGUUCCGAAGCUCUCUUUGACAUCAUCUCCCGCCAACUCGCAACAACCCCCCCCGUCAACAACGAUGCCGAAAUUGAAAUUAAAAUUCAAACAGCGUUCGCCCAUUUGA